AAACACUACGUACUUCUUCAAACGCCAAAAAUGUCUCUGUACAUUUGAGUUGGAGCCAAAAAAAUUCCAGUUUGAAUAUUGUGAUGUAGCUCGUUUGCUUUAAUAGCAAUUUGACGUGACAUUGCCUGUUGAAAACAUUUUGCUAAAUAUUAUGUCUUGCGAAGGUAGAAGGAAAUAAUUUCAUGGGGGAUUCUGAAUUCUGGCUGCUAUUACUUGUAUACAUCCAACACAUUCUUACAAAGCAAAAAACCGUGAAUCCCAAUUUUAAUGCAGUCGAGCAGCAGAUUCUUCCUCUACUGGAACGUUUCAAUUUUUUGUCAGAAUGCAAAGAUUUGAGGGCUUUAAGCGGCAUUAUUGAUUCCCUUAAAGCCGAUGGAUUUGUCUUGCCAUUCGAUACGAGAAAGCAGCUUUGCCGUCGUCUGCUGCGUCAUGCGACUAACGCAAAUACUGUUAAGGAGGCCCAGGGUUUGGUCGACUAUGCCAAACAAAUUGUUGAUUGUAAUUUUCAUGCCCUUUGCGAAGCAAAUCAGGGUUUGGGGUUUCAGAAGGGAUGCAAUGAGAAUAUGAUUUAUGUUGUGGAGGAGCGAAUCUGCAGCGCUAUAUUUGAAGAGGAUAUUCUUUUGCAGUAUAUGACAGAGAAAAUAGAAGAGGAGGGAGGAGAUGAAGGAGAGGGAGGCUUGGUAAAUAGUAGACUGGCAUUUUAUCUUCAAAAUGGGAUGCAAUCUCAGAACACAGAGACUAGACUGUUGGCAAUAAAACUGGCAUGUGCCUGCGGCUUCAAUUCCAGAAUCAUAUUUUCCAAACUUCUUCCUAUCUUUGAGGUCACUCUUUACUAUGAGGAUUUCUUGACACGUGAAUAUGUACUUGCAUCUCUGAUGGACUUGAUCUUUCUUCACCAUUCAAGCAUUAGUUUGCAAACAGUCUUCCAUUUUAUAUUCCCCUUUUUGUAUGCUCCGACACCUGCCCUUCAACUUGUGUCUGUUAUUGGUUGUGGGCGUCUUCUCCUCUACAACUGUUUCUCUGAGGAAACAGAGUGCUUAUUGAGUAAAAUGAUUGAACGACAUUUAUAUAGAUUUCCAGUUUACUGUUCAUUGAAGGGAAAACUACAAAAGGUUGAUCAGGCUCUAUACAUUUUCUUCAGCGAGUAUUCUGGGGAGAAGAAACUUCAUCAAGAUGAAAUUUGCAAUACUCUUGUAUACAUGUGCCUUCAAAAGAUAGAGGAAGGUGUAGUUUGUGUAGACACUGUCAAAAAGCAGAUUGAAGAUAAUCCUUUGAAAGCCAGAGAAGCAAGUGAAUUGCAUUUGGCUUUAAAUUUCGGAUUGAGUCUCUGCUCUGAUGCCUUGGAUGCAGUAGUAGACAGUCUUAUUCUUAACGUUAAUGACGAUUUGGGAAUAUCAUUACUAGACAAGGCUAAAUGUGUCCAAUGGUUUCUUUCAAAGUAGUUUGUACUCCACCUGAUAUAUAUAUGCUCAUUUUAUUUUUCGUAGAGUGUA